ACAAGUGAGAGGUGGAGGCAGCAGGUGUGCACAGUUCACAGUCAAAUUUAAACCUCACUCACAUGACAGCCACUUACAUUGACUGACUUCCUAAAAACCCUUGAGCCUCUAAGAUUUCAUCACAUAUAAAAAGGCCUAAAGAUGGGCAACUUUGGAGGCCAUGCCAUUCCUGGCUCCAUUUUCCUGCUCUAUGGCUUCUGGCUGACAGUGAAACAUGUUCUCCAACACUAUUGGAGGUCAACCCAGCCUAAAGGACGACAGAUGAUGCCAGCUUUCUUUAAAAAAAUGGACUACUUUGAGGGAGGAUUUGCUAUUUUCGCUGCAUUUGUUGGUAUCAUGGUUGAACAGUUUGUAAUAGACGGGCCUCAUGCUCAUCUCUAUGACACAAAGAACAACUCGUGGGUGAAGCUGAUGAACUGGCAGCACAGUACCAUGUAUUUGUUCUUUGGGAUCUCUGGAAUAGCGAUUGUGGCCAGUACUGCAUCCAAACUGGUGCCGAUUGGUGUCGACCGCCUUGUUCUGUCUCUGGCUCUGUUUGUUGAAGGCUUCCUGUUCUACUAUCACGUGCACAGUCGGCCACAUCUGGAUGCUCACAUUCACACCGUGCUGUUGGUGGCUGUGUUUGGAGGAUCAGUCAGCACCAUGCUGGAGGUGUUCAUGAGACACAAUAUCAUUUUGGAGCUCCUUGGGUCAUGCUUCUUCAUCCUGCAGGGCACAUGGUUCUACCAGAUUGGAUUUGUACUCUACCCUCCAAAUGGACCAGAGUGGGACCUGGAACAGCAUAACAACAUCAUGUUUGUCACCAUGUGUUUCUGCUGGCAUUUAGCUGUUGCUAUGCUUUUAGUCACCUGCACCUCCUCUUUGGUUUGGUUCACAGCGAAGCGAUUCUCAGCACGGGGACGUGACAUAGAGAUCGGAAUGAGAAAUACCACGUUAAAUUCCAGCUCUCAGAAAGCUCUGCUUGAAGCCUCAGAUGAAGAGUGAAAGCAUGUUCAUAGUUUGAAAUUUAACUUAAUAUCAAUUUUUAUUUUCUAUGUUGAUGCUCCAUGUUUGAGAGGAAGUCUGCCGUUUAGCCCAAUGUUUGUAAAAAAAUAAAAACGGAUGUAUGCUGUGAUGAAAAACAA